AUGAGAGUCAACUCAGCUUGGGCCUUGAUGGCUGCUGCUGUCACGGUCAGCGCGAUGCCCCAGCCCGUCUCCAAGAGAGACCCUUUCCCGGCCGAUGGUACUGUCGUUGGGGGUGUUCCGCAUCGCCCGUUCAGGAUCAGGAGACAAGCAGCAGCACCACCGGCGACGCCUCAAGGCAACCAGCUCAUCCCCGUCGUGGUCGGCGGCCCGCAGGACACCUUCGUGCCGAACCUGAUCCAGGCCCAGGUCGGCGACGUCGUGCAGUUCCAGUUCAGCAACGGCAACCACACCGUCACGCAGAGCGCCGAGGGCUCCGCGUGCCAGCCGCUCCAGGCGCAGAACCCGGCGGCCAUCCACAGCGGCCACAUCCCGUUCCAGGACGGGCAGGCCAUGGUCGGCACGUUCAACAUGCCCAUCACGAGCGCCGACCCCAUGUUCCUGUACUGCGCCACCGGACCGCACUGCCAAGAGGGCCAGGUCCUGGUCAUCAACCCCACCAACGCGAACCAAGUCGUCCAGUACUCCAAGCUGGCGGCGGCAGCAAAGGCCAACGUCGACGGGACUGCCGUCUCUGGUGGCGCUGUAGGGCAGAUCCCGCUGGCGAACGCGGCUUUUGUACCGGCACCGGCGGAGCAAGGCGGUGGUGGUGGCGGCGGCGGCGGCGCACCCCCGGGAGGCGGUGCGCCUCCUGCGGCUGCCCCGGCUGCCCCGGCGGCUCCGGCCCCCGCAGCUCCUCCGGCCAAUCCGGCCCAAGAUCCGGCCGCAGCGCCGCCGGCCGAAGCCCCGGCCGCCCCACCAGCUGCUUAA